GGACGCUUCGCUGACACGCUAGCACUAGCACCAGCACUAGCACUCGAAGUAGAAGCAGCCAAGUAGCCAACUAGCCAAAUGGCAACUAGAGCUGAGCUCAGGUGCAGCGCUUUCGCUUUUGGUGGCCCGGGUCUUAGGGGGUGGCCACCAGUUGUGUGGCUUCCCGUGACGACGACGACGACGGCGACAACGCCGACGGAAAGUAAGCGAGCGCAAUCCUCCAGUAGUCGUUGUCUACCUCAGUUCGUGGCCACAGUUCGAAGCGCGUUGUUUGCUGCGCACGCUGGGUUUGAAUAUUACAGUUUUACACGCACGGCGCGCGCCUCUCAAACUGUGCGAGCUCUUAAACUGCAUGCGAGCGAAGUGGAGUAAGUGAGUGAGCGAGAUAGCAAGCUGGUUGCAGUUAACUGACAUCCUAGCGGGAUAACUGGAUGCUGACUGAUAAACUGACUACAGUGGAAGAUUUCCUGCGCUUACUUGGCGUUAUUGUUGUGCAGUUUGAGACGCAUUGAAUCAGCUCGUUUUGCUUGUCAGCGGGGGAGGAAACCCCAAGAGUGCUGCGUCUCUUGUUGUUGCACGAAAAUCGUUAAAAAACGCAGCCAAGCGCUGCGAUUACAACUGCGACUAUGUCACCACGCAGCAGCUAAAUUCGACUAGCAGGAGAAGGAGAAGGAGGAGCUUUAGCUCAGGAUACGCAUGGACAAAGGCACAAUGAAGCGCAAGCAGCGAAGAUACAGAACCACUUUCAACACGCUUCAGCUGCAGGAACUGGAACGCGCCUUUCAGCGCACUCAUUAUCCGGACGUCUUCUUUCGCGAGGAGCUCGCGGUGCGCAUUGAACUGACCGAGGCCAGAGUUCAAGUGUGGUUUCAGAACCGGCGUGCCAAGUGGCGCAAGCAGGAGAAGCUGGGUGGAGAUUACAAGGAGGGAGGAGCGGGCUUAGACUUAGAUGUCGCCUUUGAUGACAGCGCUGUGCUGGGGCAGCUGGACAGCGCUCUGGUUCUUCCAGACACGCCGCCACAGUCUUCCAACUCGCUGGACAACGAGCUGAAGGCACCUUACGGCUCGGCGGGAUUGUCGUCGCCGUCGCGUCUGUCGCCCAACAUCUUUCUCAAUCUCAACAUUGAUCACUUGGGGCUGGAACGCGGCGGCAGCGGGCUGUCCAUGGAGUGGUCCACCUAUCCGCCUGCGACGCAAACGGAGCAAUCGCUUCCUCAACAGCAGCAGCCUCAAGACCAGGAGCAGCAACAGCAUCAACUUCAACAGCACCAGCAGCAGGAUCAGCACUUGGGUCAUCAACAACAACAACAACACCAGGAGCAGCAGCAGCUGUGCCACUUGGAUGCAGUGCAACAUCAAGCGCUGGCCAGCGCCUUUGGCUCCUCGUUGGAUUUGGACAUAACCGACGGCUCCUCCGCCUAUGACGAGAUGAAGUUUCUCAGCGUCGAUCAGUUCACGAUCGACAGCUUUAAGGCGGACUGUAUUCUGAGCAUGGAGCACGCUUUAUCGUUGGACGACAAGCAGCCCACGCUAACACCACAUAUCUCCAGUUCCGUCUCAGGCUUCAACGAGAGUCAAUCCCAUGACAAUGGCGUUCUGCAUUCAUUGUGCCUCGACAGCAUGGCCCUUGGCAUGAAUUCCUCCUCUUCCAAUGCCUUCGGUGGCCUCUCGCUGCUUUCCGCCGCCCAUGUGACAGACUCGGACACGGAGCCCAAGUCGCCGCCUUCGCUGCUCGUGCUGGACAAAUCGCUGGCGCUGCCCUCUUUGAGUAUUGGAGUCGAUGGCAUUGGGGAUCUCGUUGAGCAACUGCAGCAUCAUCAUCACCAUCAUCACGAUGUGGGUGUCGUUGGAGUCACUGGUGAUGUGGUCUAAACAUAAUGAUAAUGCGUAUCUACCUAGGAGAAUUCUAAGCUUAGUUAAUCUUAUUUCAUAUUCUCUCGACCAUGCUUUUUUCUCUAUGUACAUAAGCUGUAAGGGAGACUUAAGAUAAUAUAGAUCAGGCAAUUUGUGUAUAAACUCAACUCUUUUUUUAUUUAUACCCCAGAUACUUUUUCUGAUGAAAAGAGUAUUCGUUCU